AUGGACCAGUGCGACACCCUUGAUCUCACCGGAAAUCCCAAGCACCCCUCACAGCCGCAGCGUACCUACGCACAUGCGCAGAAGAUGCGUGCAGCCAUGACACAUGCCUUUGGCCGUGUCGGUGGUCUUGGCAAUGUGCAGUGGCAGAUGCGCGAUGGACGUUGCGAGGGCAACCCAUCCGUGUCCAGCAACGUCAGCAGCUACAUGUGUAGCCUGCGACGCCGUAAGGUCCACGCUGGCGAAGCUGCUACCAGUGCUCGGGCGAUAACGUCGGAUAUCCUCUACCAGCUUUACCACCAUGCCCACCGCACCGAGAACUGGGAGAUCAAGGAGUACCAGGCUGGAACCAGGAAGGGCCAUGGUGAAGUCCAUGACUGGGCAGGCGGACGCACACGACGCAUGCUGUUGGCGGCAUACACCAUUGCUUAUGUCUGCCUUCUACGUUUUGAUGAGGUGCUCAAGAUCCGGGUCAGCGACUUCGAGUUCUUUGGCGACAACCGGGUCAAGUUGACGUUGCCAUUCCGUAAAACGGACCAGUGCAGUGCCAUCCAGCCUUUCUUUCUUCACGUGCUGGAUGAGCAGGAGCAGCACCUAUGCCCUGUCCGUGCACUUGCGGAAUGGAUCAAGGUUUCCGGAAUCAAUGAUGGCUACCUCUUUCGCAAGUUCUUCUCUGGUGACCGUGUUUCCCAUGCUAAUGAGCCCAUUACUUCGGAGCUUUUCCUGGAGCUUUUCCGUAACAACCUUCUCGACAUCAACAUUGAUCCACUGCCUUACGGUACCCAUUCUUUCCGUCGUGGCGGGUGCCAGUGGCUGCACAUGGAGCGACGCUGGCCUCUGCGCCGCAUAUGUGAUUGGGGAGGGUGGAGUACCGAGUUCUCUCACCUUACAAUUGUCAAGUAUCUCAUCUCUUGGAAUGAUGCUAACGAGCCCCGCGAGUUUUUCUUUGACCCACACAGAAAACCCGUGCAGAAGUGCUUCCAGUGUGGUAGGUCUUGUAUGUGUGCCUAG